UGUGAUAUCCUGUGAGGAAGUCAGUUAGCUAAGUGUUUGACUCAGUUAACAGAGCGGGAGAUGUUUGUGUUUCACUUCCUGUGUGACCUUUGAGCUCACAUUCCGGUGUGGCUGCAGGUACAGACCGACUCCACAGAAGAUGAAGGAAGCAGACGAAGAGGAAGAUGAAGCUGGAUCCAGUUUUAUGGUCAAAAAGAUUCGGACGUUCCCAGAUAAAGCUGCAGGCGGCUUGGAUAUCUUCGGACUCUCCAGCUCAGAAAGUGCUCUGUCUGCAGCAUCCAGUUGUGUAUCCGUGCGGAGUGACCUCUCCAAAGAUCUCCCAAUGAACUUCAGAGCUCCAUCAGGACCCCCAGAACCAAUCAGAACAGGGUAUGCAGGAUCCAGCUGUGAAUCAGUUAGGAGUGACCUCUCUAAAGAUCUCCCCAUAAACUUCAGAGAAGCCCCUCGACCAUCAGCACGUCAGCAGCUGAGACAGCGAGGUCAGUAUGCAGGAUCCAGCUGUGAGUCUGUUAGGAGUGACCUCUCUAAAGAUCUCCCCUUAACCUUUAAAGAAACCCCUGGACCCUCGGAACGUCAGAAGCUAAGACAGCGAGGUCAAUAUGCAGGACCCAGCUGUGAGUCCGUUAGGAGUGACCUCUCUAAAGAUCUCCCCAUAAACUUCAGAGAAGCCCCUGGACCCUCAGACUGUGAGUCUGUUAGGAGUGACCUCUCUAAAGAUCUCCCUUUGAACUUCAGAGAAGCCCCUCGACCAUCAGCACGUCAGCUGCUCAGACAGCGAGGUCAGUCAGCUGGACCCAGCUGUGAGUCCGUUAGGAGUGACCUCUCUAAAGAUCUCCCCAUAAACUUCAGAGAAGCCCCCGAAUUAUUAGAAUUACCUCUCUGUGUUGACAGACAUCAGCUGCUCAGACAGCGAGGUCAGUCAGCUGGACCCAGCUGUGAGUCCGUUAGGAGUGACCUCUCUAAAGAUCUCCCCAUUAACUUCAGAGAAACCCCUGGAUCCUCAGAACGUCGGUCUGAAGGACCCAGCUGUGAGUCUGUUAGGAGUGACCUCUCUAAAGAUCUCCCCAUAAACUUCAAAGAACCCCCCCGACCAUCAGAAGAAAAGGAUGAGGAGAAGCUGUCCUGCUGUGCUCUGUGCCAGGAAGUCCUGGAGGAUCCAGUUUCCAUCAGCUGCGGGCAUUGGUUUUGCAGACAGUGCAUCACCUCUUACUGGAGCCAGUUUACUCCUUCGUCUGGUCUUUUAUCCUGUCCCCAGUGUGAUGAAAGAUCCAAAAACACAGAUACAGGUCUCCCUGAGCUUUUAGAUGAACAUCAGAUUAGUCUGAGGAGGAGAUUUGAACAGGCGGUUGAGGGAACGGAAGAAGGAGAAAGUAGAACACUCCUCAACAGGAUUUAUACUGAGCUCUACAUCACAGAGGGACUAAGAGAGGAGGUGCACACCCACCAUGAAGUGGGGCAGCUGGAGACAGCCUACAAAGCCAGCAGGCUUCGUGAUGCUCCAAUAAAAAACAAGGACAUUCUCAAAGCCUUACCGGGUCAACACGCAUCCAUCAGAGUGGUUCUGACGAGUGGUGUUGCUGGAGCUGGAAAAAGUUUCUCAGUGCAGAAGUUCAUUCUGGACUGGGCUGAAGGUCUGGAGAACCAAGACAUUCAUGCUGUGGUUCCUCUUUCAUUCAGAGAAGUGAAUUUGAUUGGAGAUGAGCAGCACAGUCUUCUCUCGUUGAUUCAGCUGUUCCAUCCAACAUUUCAAAAGAUCCCAACAGAGCAGCUGGAACUGUGCAAAAUGCUGCUCGUCUUUGAUGGUCUGGAUGAAAGCAGACUUUUUCUGGACUUCAACAACAGUCAGGUGGUGUCUGAUGUCACCCAGAAGACCUCAAUCAGUUUGCUGUUGACAAACCUUAUCCAGGGACACCUGCUUCCCUCAGCUCUGGUCUGGAUCACUUCCAGACCUGCAGCAGCCAGUCAGAUUCCUCCUUCAUGUGUGGACAGGCUGACUGAAGUACGAGGUUUCAAUGAUGCUCAGAAGGAGGAGUACUUCAGGAGGAGGUUCACCGAUGAAAACAUGUCAAACAGAAUCCUCUCCCACAUCAGGAACUCCAGGAGCCUCUACAUAAUGUGUGAAGUUCCAGUGUUCUGCUGGAUUACUACUGUAGUACUGGAGCACAUGUUGACAACAGAGCACAGAGGAGAAUUGCCCUCAACUUUGACUGACAUGUACUCACACUUCCUGGUGGUCCAGACAAAGAGGAAGAAGAAGUACCAGCAGGAACAUGAGGUGGGACCACAGGAGCUUGUAGAGGGUGACAAGGAAGUUCUUCUGAAGUUAGGAAAUCUGGCAUUUGAUAAUCUGGAGAAAGGAAACAUCAUGUUCUACCAAGAAGACCUGGAGAAGUGCAGUCUGGAUGUCAUAGAGGCCUCAGUGUACUCAGGCGUUUGUACAGAGAUCUUCAGAAGAGAGUGUGAGAUCUUCCAGAAACCAGUUUACAGCUUUGUUCAUCUGAGCAUUCAGGAAUUCCUGGCUGCAGUCUACAUGUUUCACUGUUACAUCAACAGAAACAACGAGGUGAUAGAGGGCUUUCUGAAACAUCAAAUUAACAGCCCAACUGUAGAUGAGUUUUUGAUCAGAGUCUUGGAGAAAUCUCUGCAAAGCAGAACAGGACACUUGGACCUGUUUGUUCGCUUCCUCCAUGGCCUCUCUGUGGAGUCCAACCAGAAAAUCUUGGGAAGCCUUCUGGGUCGGACAAACAAGAAGCAAAAAAAUGUCCAAGCAGUCAUCCAGAGGAUGAAAAAGAUUACUAUCAAAAUGUCUCCUGACAGAGGUAUCAACAUCUUUCACUGUCUGAUGGAGAUGCAGGACCGUUUGGUUCAUCGAGAGAUCCAAGAGUUCCUAAAGUCAGAGAACCGAUCAGAGAAGAAACUCUCAGAUAUCCACUGUUCAGCUCUGGCAUACAUGCUGCAGAUGUCAGAUGAAGUUCUGGAUGAACUAGACCUGAACAGAUACAACGCAACGCCAGACGGUCGUCGGAGACUUAUCCCAGCUGUGAGGAACUGCAGGAAGGCCUGGCUUUCUGACUGUGGACUCUCAGAGACUCACUUGGAGGUUGUGGCCUCAGCUCUAAAGUCCAACCUGGGGCACUUGGCAGAACUUGACCUGAGUAAAAACAAAGUUCAGGAUUCAGGGGUUAUGGCUCUGUCUGCUGGACUGGAGAGACCAAACUGCAAACUGGAGACUUUGAGGUUGGUUGGCUGCAGCCUGUCGGGGCUGAGCUGUGUUACUCUGAGGUCUGCUCUGAAAUCCAACCCGUCCCACCUGACAGAGCUGGACCUCAGUAAGAACAAGCUGCAGGAUGCAGGGGUGGAGCAGCUGUGUGGGUUUCUGCAGAGUCCAGACUGUCUAUUAAAGACUUUGAGGUUGAUGGACUGCAGCUUGUCAGGGCUGAGCUGUUCUUCUCUGAGCUUAGCUUUGAAAUCCAACCCGUCCCACCUGACAAAACUGGACCUGAGCAACAACACGCUGCAGGACGUUGGAGUGGAGCACCUGUGUAGGUUUCUGCAGAGUCCAGACUGCGGAUUAAAAACUCUAAGGUUGGUGGGGUGUGAGCUGUCCGAGAUCAGCUGUGCUGUCCUGGGUUCGGCUUUGAGGUCCAAUCCGUUCCACCUGGAAGAUCUGGACUUGGGUUGCAACAAAUUGCAGGACUCUGGAGUGGAGCAGCUGGCUGGUUUCCUGCAGAGUCCAGACUGUAGACUGAAGGCUCUGAGGUUGGACAUCUGCAGUGUUUCGGAGUCUGGCUGUGCUGCUCUGGUCUCAGCUUUAAUGAUCAAUCCAUCCCAUCUGAUGGAACUGGAUCUAAGUUACAACAAAAACCUGAAGGAUGCAGGACUGCAGCACCUGUGUGGUUACCUGCAGAAUUCUGGAUGCAGACUGAAGAAACUGGGGAUGAUUGAAUGUGAGCUGUCAAACAUCAGCUGUGCAGCUCUGGACACUGCUUUGAGGUUCAACCCGAUCUACCUGGAAGAGCUGGACCUGACCCUGAACUCUCUGAAGGAUUCAGGAGUGGAGCAGUUGGUUGGUUUUCUACAGAAUCCAGACUGCGGACUGACGACUCUGAAGCUGGUGCUAUGCCAUAUGUCAGAGCGGGGCUGUGCUGCUUUGGCCUCAGCUCUGAAGUCCAACCCAUCUCAGCUGGAAAACCUGUACCUGGGCCACAACUUAAUUGAAGAUCCAGGACUGCAGCAUCUGUGUGGUUUUCUGGAGAACUCAAGCUGCACCCUGCAGACUUUGAGCUUGGAAUCCUGUGGUUUGACAGAGGUCAGUUGUACUGCUCUGCUGUCGGCGCUGAAGUCCAACCCGUCUCACCUGGCAUUACUGGACCUGAGCAGAAAUGACCUAAAGGCUUCACAAGUACAGAAGCUGGAAGACCUGGUAAAGAGUCCAAACUACAAACUGGAGACUCUAAGAUGGAAGGUGUAAUCCUGACAAAGAAUCAACUUCACACCCAACAUCCAGACAGUUUGAUUCUGCAGCAGUAAAACAAUGACAACAAUUCCAAUGCCAGUAAAUGUCUAAGGCAAACUGUGUUUACAUUGGGGGAAAGGUGGAACUCAAGUUUUUUUUUUUUUUCAAUACAUCUUAAAAAAAAGAGUUCCUUGAAUGUUAAAAAUGACAAUCGAGUUAAAGCUACAAUGAUGAACUUCUACAAGACAAAACCAGCAGGACUCUCCAGGCUACUGAGGGAGUGCAGACUGAGACUUAUUUUAUUGUAAAAGUGCAAAAGCAUUUAUUAAACUAUGUAAUGAACUCUCGUUGCAACAAUUGUUAACCAGUGAUGUGUUUCUUUAAAGUGGCUGUGAAAGUAUAAGGUAACUACUGUGAAGCAUUACCCUGCAAAACAUAAAUACAAGUAUAAACCAUAAUGUUGUGAAAUAUGCAUGAAUGCAUCAACAUUUUUGGCAGUUAUUUGCAAAUAUUUACAUCCAUCUUCAAGUAGGUUAAUACAGUACAAAACACAACCCCUCUUCAUUCAAUGGUUGGAGUUUAGUGUUUGAAGUUACCACAGGUGCUUUGAUUUUGGUCACUGUGCUGCGUUUAGAUCUGGAUGUGUCUUGCACACAAACUCACAUGUACACCUAGAAGAACUACGAGACCCCAUUUCACCUAUGGAGCAUGUUUUUGGACUGUGGGAGGAAGCGCGCAGAGAAAACCCACACAAGCGAGAGAAGAACAUGCAAACUCCACACAGAAAGAUUUUGAUUAGAAGAUGUUUUUCUUUCAGUUGAGAAAUUCUAUUAGAGAAAAGAAGGUGAUUGACCAAUCACAUUUCUGCAAUUUAGCUGCAACUUUUAUUUGAUCAAUAAACGUUACCAUGAUUUCAACUAAGCAAAGCAUAAACCAAAUAGUCCCGUGUUCCAUCAUCCCUUUGGUUACACUCUCCUGCAAGCUUAUAGCCCCUCACGACACCAGGGUGACAUUUUUGAUCCAGAUUCCAGCUCAGACAAGGACAAGUAAAGACAUAUAUGAAUCUAUUUGUCUGCAUUAAAAUGGAGCGGAUUAGGGAUCAGCUCGACGAGCCACUUUUCCUCUUUAGAAUCUACUGGAAUUAUCGUGUUAACAGUAGAAAAGUUACAGUAAAUCAAAGAACAGAAACACUGGAGCUCUGAUGUUAAAAGGUUAAUAUAUUUUUUGGCUUAAAGAUUUGUUGAUGGGAUUUACUCUCCAGAGCAACGGUAGACAUUUUUCCAGCAUUUACACUCUACAACGUUAUACUGAAUAAAUAAAUAAAGAGCCACAUGAGCUGCUUGUGUGCCUCUGAUAAACACCUCCAUCAGGUUAAGUGGUCCUGGGCCCUUGUGCUUUACACUCUGCUUUAGGUUUUUCUCCAGUUUUUACUUUCUUGCUUUCUAUGAAGUUAUAAAUGAUGGAGGUAAAGGUUUCUCUUUUUGUAUGAGACAGGGGACAUCUGACAUUUAGGUUCUUUUCCACCACAUGUACUGGAGAGUUGGAUCACAUUCAGACAGAAAAAAGAAGGUGCAGGACAACCUGAGGCAGCAUGCAGGUGUUUCUAAUGAGCUUAUCAGUUUACCUGGAUAAAGGCUUCUUCUAUGAGCUGCUGGAGCUCAUCUUUUGCUCUGAGGUAAACAUGGUUCUAAAGCUUGCUUUAAGGGUUUCUUGGAUUGUCCAGCUGCUUGGAUGGUGUGCUGCUUUUCCCUACCACAGGUAUGACCCAAUGAUUGUUGCUACAAAAAACCUUCAUUUAAAGGAUCCAGAACUCCAGCAAUACACAUAUGAACCUCAAGGGUUUGUCUUGACUUAUGACCCUGACGCUCAUUCCAAAGUACCAGAUGUGGACUUCCCCUGGACCUGGAGUUACUCCCACUAUGUGGACAAUGACAAUACUAGCUCUGUGCCACAACCAGAGCUAGCACCCAGCUCUGGAAGUGUGGAGGAGGGUCCGUCCAACAUCUGGCCUGAACCCCCUGAAUCAGUCCUGUAUAUUAGUGGCCCAGACUUGGUGGCAAUCCCCUCCUUACCUGAGCAGCCUGAGCCUGGACUGGGCAGCGUCGGGACGGUGCGCUCCUUCGGCUCUCCAUAUAAAGCUUUUCCAGAUGAUGUCCAGAGCCGUGCAGGCUCUGGUUUUGCAGCUCCAUCUCACUCAACUGAUGUUGCUGAGGAACUUUCCCUUCUAGGUUGGAAUGUGAUGGCGGCUCGACAGAUGCCCCUCUUCCAGGCCUGGAAUAAUGGAGAGGUGCCUGUGGACUUCACGGCACCCCCUGUUCAGCCUUUAUCUCAUCUGUUCCAGUUUGACCGUGGCUUCCAACGAGCAAAGGACUUCCAUUCUGAUUUGAAAUACUCCCAGGAUAUCUCUCCUGAGAUCCCACCUGUUCAGGGGAGGUUCUUUGGGCAGUUUAAACAGACGGCCCAAUGAGGAAAAGUGCAGAGAGUUGCUCUGUGCACUAGCGCCCUCUGGCUGUCUUUCAGAGUAACUUCAAAGUUCUGCCUGAGACACUUCAAUGCCCUCUAGUGGAUAAGUGGCAGGCUGGAUAAACUGAACUGUGCUUUCAUUUAGUGAAUCUUUUCAGAGAAACAUCGACAUGUGGAAGCUUUCAGCUCUGCUUUGGGAAACCUCAGCUUGAGUUGAUGAAAUGUCUUUAAACUUGAACACCUGUAGCCUGUGACUAAAGUUUCUUCUUAACCAAUGUUUGGAGUUUGUGCUUAAUUUCCUCCUUUCCAGCAUGUCUUGAAAAAAAUAAAGAUGUCUUUUGAUGCAUUCAUUAUA